CUGCGCUUCCUCACACAGCAGGCUUGUUUCCCGACCGUUGCUAACAACCUGCUGCCCGUAACUUCGUCCGUCCACCGCUCCCUCAUGCACCGACGGUUCCCGGCGGCGGUGUUCUCGGUGUGCGUGUGAGGAUGAAGCCGUGUCGACUGUGAGCGCAGCCCCCGACCCUCGGCUCCGUGCUGGCUGCAUGGUGCUCCGCGUCUCUCCGCCCGCUUUCUGACGCUUGGGGUUGCAGUCUGGCCUCCAGCCGCGGCUGCGAAUCAACUUCAUUUCUCAGCGUCGCCCUGCUCUGUUUAUUUUAUAAAGAUGGCGGUGAGGGGGACACUGUAAACUAAAUGACUGUCAGAAACAUCGCCUCCAUUUGUAAUAUGGGCACCAAUGCCUCUGCUCUGGAGAAAGACAUCGGCCCGGAGCAAUUCCCAAUCAAUGAACACUACUUUGGAUUGGUCAAUUUUGGAAACACAUGCUACUGUAACUCAGUGCUCCAGGCUCUCUACUUCUGCCGGCCUUUCCGGGAGAACGUUCUGGCCUACAAAGCCCAGCAGAAGAAGAAGGAGAACCUGCUCACAUGCCUGGCCGACCUCUUCCACUCCAUCGCCACGCAGAAGAAGAAAGUGGGCGUCAUCCCGCCCAAGAAGUUCAUCUCCCGGCUACGGAAGGAAAACGAUCUGUUCGACAACUACAUGCAACAAGAUGCCCAUGAAUUCCUCAACUACCUGCUGAACACGGUGGCCGAUAUCCUGCAAGAGGAGAAGAAGCAGGAAAAGCAGAAUGGUCGCCUCAAGAACAACGGCACCGCCGUCCCCACGGAGGCUGACACGGAGAACAAGACGGAGCCCACAUGGGUUCAUGAUAUCUUCCAAGGCACACUGACCAAUGAGACGCGCUGCCUCAACUGUGAAACGGUGAGCAGCAAAGAUGAGGAUUUUCUGGAUCUUUCUGUGGAUGUGGAGCAGAACACAUCAAUAACACACUGUCUCAGGGACUUCAGUAACACAGAGACUUUGUGCAGUGAAUACAAAUACUACUGUGAGACAUGCUGCAGCAAACAGGAAGCACAGAAACGGAUGCGUGUCAAGAAACUUCCUAUGAUCCUGGCGCUGCAUCUCAAGAGGUUUAAGUACAUGGAGCAGCUCCAUCGCUACACCAAGCUGUCCUACCGAGUGGUUUUCCCCCUAGAACUGCGUCUGUUCAACACGUCUGGGGAUGCAGUCAAUCUGGAUCGCAUGUAUGACCUCGUGGCGGUUGUGGUUCACUGUGGGAGUGGACCGAAUCGAGGGCAUUACAUCACUAUAGUGAAGAGUCAUGGUUUCUGGCUGCUGUUUGAUGAUGACAUUGUGGAGAAAAUUGAUGCCCAGGCCAUCGAGGAGUUUUACGGCCUUACCUCAGACAUCUCCAAGAACUCUGAGUCGGGAUACAUCCUCUUUUACCAGUCGAGGGAGUGACACUGGAGCUGGAUCUGUGACACAGGAGGAGACUGAAUAGGAAGAAAUCUCUUCUUUUUCUUUUUUUUUUUUGUUUUGCUUUUUUUUUUUUACCUAAAGCCUAACAGACUCCUGCUCCCUCCCUCCUCCGAGUCAGACCUCUCUGACGUUUGUGCCAAUCCUCUGUCCCAGUUUCUCCCUCUGGGCUUUACCUGUGCUUCAUCUCUCUCUCAUUCUGUCUCUCUCUCUCUGUAAUUUGAUUCUUGUCUUUUAGUCACCUGCAUCUGGACUGCACUUUAAAGCAAAAGCAAAAAUGCUCAACGGCUUGACGGAAACAAAUAAUAAAAAAAUAAGCGUCCCAUCGAGCACAAGCUUGGUGUUGCUACUAGGAGAAGCCUGCAGAGGUGAAGGGUCUGGUGCACAUACAGACAGCUGUCGUUAAUUGUACUAUAUCAUUUAUAUGUAUAUAAGGUCUACUUCCAUGAUGUGCCACCCAAUCAUUAUUCCUUUCAUUAGGGCUAUUUUCCCCAUCACUGUCCAGUCCUUUGGUGUGUUAAUGUCCCUGGUGGAUGCAUGAGAAGCGAAUGAGACAAACACUGCAUAAUAGAGACAUUUCAUGCAUUUUUAAUGGUUCUGAAGCAAUAUACACUAAACAAAAAUCUAAAUGCAGCAUGUACAUGGCCUUAGAGAAGAAAGUCAAAUAUCACAUUUCUGUUGUUACAGUUAGAUUAUUAAAAUUAGUUACAGUUGGAAAUGGUUGCAUUUAGCUACUUGGGCACAGACAGUUUUUGAGCCGUGACAAAUUCUCAACUAUGAGGCAGGCGUGACUUUAAUUGAUAAUGAACAGACACUCCUUUGACUAUAAAAGGGCACCUUAAAAUGCAGCUUUACUCAAAUAACAUAACACCCAGAUGAGAAGAGAAAGAAGAGAACAGGUUGUUGGUAUGUUGGAUGCUGGCAUGUCAGUAUCCCAGCACUUGAAUGUCCACAACUUUACUUUUUGGCAUCUAAGAAAUCGUUGCAGAUGGCACGGUACAACAGACAGUCUAACGGCAGACUUCACACCACCAUCCAAGCCCAGGACUGUCACAUCUGACUCGUCCAUUUGCACAAUUGGUAGCGCUUGGCUAUAGAAUGAUGAAUGAAUUAACUGCCUGAGGGAAGCUGGUUUGCGAGCUUGUUGUCCACACUAAGACCUUGAUCUGACGGCUGAAUGUCCGAUGAAGGAAGGCUGUUUUCACUGAAGAAUCAGAUGUACAGAGCAGACAGCAGAUGUCAGGUUCGGCUUUGUACGGGGGAAGGCUUUACGAAUGUCAGCUUUGUAUGGAGAGUGGCAGGGAUAUGGAAUGGAUGAAGAACACAUCAGCGUUUCAUUGAUGGCAAUCAGCGCAUAACAUGGUUAUCCUGUUUAUUCAACACACGCUAUGCAUUUCUAGCAGAUUCAAAUGUUCCAAUUUUGUCACAGCCUGCAGACUUUCCAGAGAUAUCAUCUGUCAAACAUCUGUAUGAUUCUCUGGAUGGCGUGUCUGACAAUGAGACCCAGUUCCCUAAAAUGUCCACCAACUUCACCAAGCCCUUCAGUAAGAGUGGACAACACUCCACAAGUAGCAUCAACAACUUCUUGAACUCACUGUGACACUGCAUGAUGCAAAUGGUGGAUGGAUAGCUUUCUAACUUGUAAUUUCUGGUCUAUAAGCCCACUCUCCAUCUGCUCAUUAUAUUUCCAAUAUGGUACAAACUUCUCAUGUGUUAGAACAACAAAUACUUAUUCCCUUAUGUUAGACAGAAUGGAUAGAAUUUAAUUCAGUAUUACAUGCUGCCUUUAUAUUUUUGUUCAGUAUAAUAAGGGAGAACUCACAAGCGUAAAACUACCUAAACUUCAAACCGUAAACAGUCUAAGUUAUUUGUUCGGUCUCUUUUCUGUGACAGAUGUCUGACCAGAUGUGAACCAGUACUUAAAUCCAACUGAGCCACAUACUCUUAACACUACACCUGAAAAAGAAAUUCCUCAGCUGAAUCUUCAUCUUCAGAUUAACCCCCCGCCCCCUGUAUUUAUUGAACUUAACGUAUUUAUCACUGUUGUUUGUAAUGCUGACUGGUAGAUAAUGAAGGUGUGCGUAAGAUGCUCUUUGAAGAGCUAAGACUGGCUGUUUGAGCUCCUAUUAUAAAGGACACAGUGUAAGUUAUACACAACUUGAUAGGAUAUCUAUAAAAAAUAGGCAUUGAAAGUUUAAUUUUUGUAAUUUACUUGUGGAAAAAGAAGGAUUCAAGAUUAAGAUGAGGAUGGAGACACAACCCAAACCUGCCUGAUGCUUUGAAUGACGUGAAAAUAGUGCAAUAAGAGGUGAAAUGUGGACUUUCCAUGUGAGAUUAGAAUCCAUUUAAUUGUUAGUAGUAGAUGUGUUUUUUUUUUAAGGCUGAUCUCUUCCCAGUGCUGUGUGUUUGUGAUAUCAAAGUAAAAGCUCCCCUGUCGCCACAGGAAAUGCACUCUACCUGCUGGGAUGUUGGCAAGUACCUUCUUUCAUCCAUCUUUUUUUUGAAACUCUACACAGCAUUGUCCUUUUAUUUCUAUUCCUGUGUUGAACUGCAGCUGAGCAGAUUUCCUCUUGUUUUGUCUCUGAUAAAUUGUGUGUGUCAUAUGUAGCACACUGGAAUUCUAAAACCCCAUAGUUGAAAUUCAGUGUUAAUUAACACACUGCCCCUUGUACUGUAGAUGUAAUCCCCAGAGGGGGCUUUUGGGACGUGCCCUGUAGAAUAGUGCAACAUCAAACAAAUAGUUUUCCUGUGAACGACAUUCCUGUUUGCUGCACAUCAGAGGAAAUUACCGUUUCAAACACAUCUCAUUAUAAAUAAGAGGUAGCAGUAGGAUUAAUUUGUUAGUUUAGUGUCUGUUUCUGUACAGGAGAGGCAGGAUGCAAAGUGAAAAUAGUCGGGAUCUAGAGUGCACUUGCUUUUGUUUUCGCUUCCAUGUUAGUCUGUUACUGGAUGAAGUCACGAGGAAUACGUGCCAAACUGGAGUCUAUACUGACCUUGCAACAGUCUUUAACAGAACAUUAUUUUCUUUGUAAAGAUACAACUGUACAUAUAUAUUAUGUAGAAAAAAAACACUUCUGGAAAUAUGAAGAUAUUUUUUUAAAGUGAAGCUCUUAAAAAUGUAAAGACACUCAUGGCAAAGGUUUUAGCUUAAUGCCGACCAUUAAUGAAGAAAUACUGUGCUGUUUUACAAUCACUACUACAUGAUCAGUCCAAACUGUGCAGAAGCCACCGCCUGUCACUUCACUGCUAUGACUGGGGUUGAGCUGAGCCAGAGUAGGAAACGGUGGCAGUCUGAGAAGAAAGAGACUCUUUAACGCGCUGAGCUUCCAUUAACACUUAUGCACUCGCCCUCACUGAGACGCUCAGUCGUUGCACUCGGUCCCAUGUAUCUAACUGUGAUGGUGUUCUGCUGGGGAGAGCUCAGAGUCCUGCAGCAGGCGACUGAGCUGAGGGAAGCAGGAGACGAGUCUUGCUUGGUGGUUAACUGAAAGUGCACUUUAUUAGUGAUGAGCUUCGAUGCUUUAACAUGACGAACCACAGUCUAACACACACUUUGAGUUUUUUCUUCUGUUCAAUAAAAUGACUAUCAACUGA